GAGAGCAAGGGGCGGAGCUUUACGCGCCACGAGUGGAGCGGAGAGAGCGGCGGCGGCAGCGCAGCGUGUGUCUGCUGGAUGCAGUCAGAGCUGAGUCUCACAGGUUUCAGCGGGAGCGCAACGAGCUGGAGUUUAACUACUGCAAAACAAGCUAAAUCAGACUGAGGAAAAAGCGGAACACUUUGUUUGUCUCCCGGAGUUUUUCUUUUCUCGGGAAGCCAAGAGGAAAUCCUCAGCGAUCAGUUUGGACUUGAUGAGAAAGUCAACAAGUCCCGCUCUUAGGGAGACCAGAUGAAUAUGAUUUGACUCGACAGAACGUGUGACACUGUUGCUCGCUAACAGGAUGAAUCGCCGCUUGCUUCAUGCCGCCAUGCUGCUGUGGGCUUUGUGCCCCAGCGCACAGGGCCAGUGUGACAAAUCACCUGAGACCAACAAGCUCAACCUCUCAGUCACCUACAACCUCCCGACGUUCACUGCAGACUUCCCCAUCCAGAACAUGGUGACGCUGGAUGGCAUCAUCUACGUUGGGGCUGUAAACAGAAUCUACGCGCUGUCCCCAAACCUCACAAAGCUGUCGGAGUACCACACGGGGCCGCUGCUCGCCAACCAGACUUGUGGCCAGAAACUGACCGACACAAGUAGCAGUGGCCCGGUGGACAACCACAACCUUGCCCUGGUGGUGGAGAACAUUUACGACAAGGGGCUGUACAGCUGUGGCUCGGCAGACAAUGGCGUUUGCCGCCGCCACGUCCUGGAUGAUGACGGCAUUCGACCCAAAACUGUUGACGAAGAAGUCUACUGCUUCGCCGACAAAGUGAGUCAAGGGAAGGGCCAACCCAGCGACGCAGAUGUCGUGGUCAGCCCUGCAGGCUCUCAGGUGCUCAAUGUGGAGAGCAACGUCAGUAAGUUUUUCGUUGGAAACUCGGAGAUCCCCGGCCUAGGAAACAUAGCAGGUAGUGGAACGCAUCACCAUACUCUUUCUCUGCGGAAGAUGAAGACGAGCCAAAAUGGCUUCAUUUUCUUCUCCGACCGCUCGCACAUGGACCUGAUUCCCUCUCUGCGUGGAAACUACUACCUGCGAUACGUUUACUCCUUCCACAGUGGACCUUUCACCUACUUCCUCACAGUGCAGCGUGUGAACAGGACCUCCCAGGCCUACCACACCCGCAUAGUUCGUAUGUGCUCCUCGGACCUCAUGAUCCGCCGUUACAUGGAGAUGCCCCUUGAAUGCAUCAGCACCGAUAAAAGGCGACGGCGGUCCACAGAAAAUGUGAAGGUGUUCAACAUCCUCCAAGCGGCCCACGUCACCAAGGUGGGCAAUGACAUUGAACUGCAGAAGCAGCUGAAAGUGGAGGAGGGUGAAGACGUGCUGUUCGCCGCCUUUGCCCAGGGAAAGCCGAACUCUCCGGAGCCGACCCCUAACUCGGCCAUCUGCAUCAUGUCCCUGAAACACAUCAACAACAUGUUCAAGAUGUACAUGCAGAGGUGCAACACGGUAGAGCCGUACCACUUCACUGGAUCAGACAAGAAGUCCUGCUACAAUGUGAGCUUAUCGGACGACUGCGACCCACAUGAGGGAAUCCAUGAAGGGAGGGAGGGCAAGUACCACCUGCAGGUGACCCAGUUUGUCCAAAGGCUGGAGUACUGGCACAAAGAGCUGACGAACACCCUGGUUACCUCUAUCAACGUGGUGCCAGUCCACGGCCGUGCGGUGGCGUACCUGGGCACCGCCGACGGACGCCACAUACAGGUGCUGUUCUCCCGAGUUGCCUCUCCUCAUGUGAACAUCCGCCUGGACUCGAAACCCGUCUCGGCCAGUGUAGCACUGCUGGACGCUGACCAGUCGGCAGGAGCCCUGCUAAUAGCCACAGGAAACAAGAUCACUAAGGUUCCCCUCAUUGGCCCCGGCUGUGGUCAGCUGACUACCUGUACUUCCUGUUUGCUGUCAUCCCGGGUGACAGAAUGCGGUUGGUGUGAUGGACGCUGCACCAGAGCCAAUGAGUGUCCCUCCUCCUCCCUGUGGACUCAGGACUACUGCGCACCUGUCAUCACCAAGUUUUUUCCAACAUCUGGACCAACACGAGGCUCUACGACGGUGACCAUUUGUGGCCGCAACUUCGGCUUUGACAAAACUGAGAACUUCAAGGCGCCUCUAGUGACUGUGGAGGUGGCCGGAGUUCCCUGCAAACUGCCCAGACAAGACAAUGUCAACAAGUGGACUGAGAUGCAGUGUUCCCCAGUGUUCAGUGGGAACUUCACCCCAUCAGGACACACGGUGAAGGUCACCAGUGGCCACAAGGUAGCCGAGAAGGAGGGCUUCACCUUUGUGGACCCCGUGAUUCACGAAAUCUUCCCCACAUUCGGGCCAAAGUCCGGGAACACCAUGCUGACGAUCAGAGGAGCCUUCCUGAAUGCUGGAAACAAGCGAGAGGUGACAAUAGGAAAAGCAGCCUGUAAAAUCCAGAGCUCGUCGUCUAGCAUGCUGAUCUGUAAGACGCCUCCACACGCCGUUCCCUCCGAGCAGCCCGUGAAGCUGACGGUGGAUAUGGUGGAGCGCCACGCCCUUACGCUGUUCACCUACAACCAAGACCCCAUCAUCAACAGCAUCCAGCCCUCACGCUCCUUCAUCAGCGGAGGCUGCACGGUGGCGGCUCAUGGCUUCUUCCUGCAGUCGGGCCUCCAGCCCCAGAUGGUCCUCACCACCGGCCAGGACGCUGAGGUGUUUCAUGUGAGCUGCGUCUACGGUGAGAACCGGACGUCCAUCCAGUGCACCACGCCCUCUCUAGCCAAACUGGCUCUGCAGCCGCCCGUGGUCACCAAGGUGGCGUUCGUCCUGGACGGCUACUCCACGGAUCAGUGGGACCUGAUCUACGUAGAGGACCCCCUCUUCCAGGACCCCAAACUCACCUCCAAGGACAACAAGAGCAUUGUGGAGCUCAAGGGUGACCGGAUGGACAGGGAGGCCAUGAAGUGUCAGGUUUUGACUGUUUCCAACCACAGCUGCGAGAGUCUGACUCUGGUCGGGGACACGCUGGAGUGCACCGUCCCCAUCGAGCUGCAGGCCGCCAACUCCAGGGAGCUGCAGGUGGAGUGGCACCAGGCGGACUCAGUCAGGCAUCUGGGCAAAGUGACGCUGGCCCAGGAGCAGGACUACACAGGCCUCGUCGUGGGCUGCGUGUGUGUCAGCCUGCUGCUGCUGCUGCUGGGAUCGCUGCUCAUGUGGAGAAGGAACAAACACAUCGAUGAUCUGUCUGAGGUGUGGUAUGAUGGACGGGGUCACAUCCAGCAUCUGGACAGGCUGGCUAACGCGAGGAGCGUCAGCCCCACUAACGAAAUGGUCUCCCACGAGUCAGUCGACUAUAGAACAACCCUGCUGGAGGAUCAGGGCACCGACAGGCCCGAGACGUGCCGGACGGCUCCGCCCAUCUACGGGGGCAACGGGGAGCUGCUGUCUCCCAGACUGGGGGCACUGGGAGGCGGGAUGGGUCUGGGAAUGGACGGCGAACUGGUGUCACCUCUGCUGAUGGCCCCAGUCCACAUCGAUCCGUCCUGCCUCCACCCAGACCUGCUGACUGAAGUGCAGCACGUGGUGAUUGCCAGGGAGCAGCUGCUGCUGCACCUGAACCAGGUCAUUGGCAGAGGUCACUUCGGCUGUGUUUUCCAUGGAACUCUGCUUGAACCAGAUGGACAGAAGCAGCACUGUGCCGUCAAGUCCCUGAACCGCAUCACAGAUCUGGAAGAGGUGUCCCAGUUCCUGAAGGAGGGGAUCAUCAUGAAGGACUUCAGCCACCCGAAUGUUCUCUCUCUGCUGGGAAUCUGCCUGCCACCACAGGGUUCGCCAUUGGUGGUCCUGCCCUACAUGAAGCACGGCGACCUGCGCAACUUCAUCCGCGAUGAGGGACAUAACCCAACGGUGAAGGACCUGAUGGGCUUCGGGCUUCAGGUGGCCAGAGGGAUGGAGUAUCUGGCCAGCAAGAAGUUUGUCCAUCGAGACCUUGCAGCCAGGAACUGCAUGCUGGAUGAGAGCUACACGGUGAAGGUGGCAGACUUUGGCCUGGCCAGAGACGUUUAUGAUAAAGAAUAUUACAGCGUCCACAACAAGAGUGGAGUCAAACUGCCCGUCAAAUGGAUGGCUCUGGAAAGUCUUCAGACACACAAGUUCACCACCAAGUCAGACGUGUGGUCAUUUGGCGUGUUGCUAUGGGAACUGAUGACCCGUGGAGCCCCACCAUAUUCUGAUGUGAACUCCUUCGAUAUCACCGUGUUCCUCCUGCAGGGGAGGAGGCUGCUGCAGCCCGAGUUCUGCCCUGACGCCCUCUACACGGUGAUGAUCGAGUGCUGGCAUCCAAAGCCGGAGCGGAGGCCCUCCUUCUCCGAGCUGGUGUCUCGCAUCUCCGCCAUCUUCUCCAGCUUCAGCGGGGAGCACUACGUCCUGCUCAACACCACCUACGUCAACAUCGACAAGAUGAGCCCUUACCCCUCCCUCCUCGCCUCCUCCUCCACCACCACCGCUUCCUCCUCUUCGUCAUCCUCAUCCGACCCCUCCACCUCCACCUCCCUGCCCACCCAGUCCCCCCUCUUUUGCCACGUGGAGCGAGACUGCUGCACCUGAGAGAGGACUGAUGGCGGGAAGAGUGGCAGGUGGAAGAAGGCUCCGAGUUUGAGAAAGAGAGCAAGAGGAGAAAGCAGUGACGUGAUGAAGAACUACUGUAUGUACUUUCCAAACACUGGACACCGUAUGCUGAGGAAAAACAGUUUUAGCAGCUUUGACUGUUCACUCAAUGUACAUAGAUCAUCGACCUUUGACCUUCUCAAGCGUCUCCUAACGACGGGGUCCUCCAUGAGCUAUUAGGGCUGACCUUAUCGACUUCUUUCUGACCUUUCGUCAACCCCGGGGAGAGUGAGGUUAGCCUUCCUGCGUCCUGCACAAGACAAGGCCCAGGAAGUCCACCUCGAAGACUCCCAGCGGACAAAGCCACUGUCACAGAAGCACAACACUAACUGUCAAACACCCACAAAGUCUCACUGACUGCUGUACCCACACAGCGAGGGGAUAGAUUUUAUGUCUGUGGGCGGCAUGUGCUUCGGAUGUGGCUCGGACCUUUUUCGCUGUCUGUAAUGUGAAUGUUUGACAAAUGGCCAUGUAUUGUGUUGUGUAGAAAGUGUCACACCUCCACACACCAUGAACAAGACUCAGUGCCCCCCCCCCGACGUGCCCCACAUCUGCACUCAGAGAGAACGAAGCCUGUUUUCUGAUCGAUUGUGGCGCCUCGGGAAAGUAAACCCAGGCUCUCUGGAGGUCGGUAACAGUGGAAGGGCAGUGUAGGUGUGAGGUGGGAUGUGAAAAACAAAACCUGCUGCCUGUGUGCAGUUCACUGGAUGCUUUAUUUGUAUAAUUAUCUUUGGACGAUUAGCUUUUGAUGUGCUUGGAAAAAAAAAAUGUCUUGCAGCCUCUCCGUGACUCACCUGUAUGAAAGCACCAGAUGUUUCCAAGUGAAAAGGGUUGAAAACCCCUUUUAUUUUCCCCCGUUUGUUUCAAAACCUGAAACGUCUCAUCAUGUCAAAGCAGUACAACUCUAACAACAUGUGAGCUUUGAAAGCUUUGAGGGUUUUUUUUUUGGAAAGAAGAGCAAAUAGGAUCCAUGUCCUGGGGUUUCUCUGCCAGUCGGUGAACUGCACAAGUCUCUUAUCGCAUGUCAGGCCUGUGUUUGCUUUGUAUAGCUGACAUUUUAUUGAAAGAGACCGUGCUGUAACCAAUGAAAUGAGACCGAAGACAAAGCAGCCUGAACGUUUUUAACUCUGGUUAACUUAACAAGAGAAUCUACAACAUUUCAUUGAUUAAACAACAUUUGGUCAAAAUGUUAACAAAGAGCUUGUUGUUUCCUAAAUAUUUCGCUAAAAGCCUCAAGUAAAACUUUUAACUCAAAGGGUCCCCGUGUUCAUAAAGCUUCAAACCAGGUGUGUUGUUACAGCUCGCUGUGUCUUUAUGACGACUGUGUAUUAAGUCGUUAUUAUGUAUUCCAGUGUUGAAUACCAGUGUUUUUGCAAGUUUUACUCAUGUUUUUGAAACUUGCUUGAGUUGUAUCAUCAUAAGAGUCUACGUGAGGUUUUGUCUGUGAUUUGUCACUGUUGUUGGUCAUGUGGUUAAAGGGCAGAUAUAUUUUUUGUGUGGACCACAUUAUGUCAUACUCUAAUGUAGAGAACACAUUUUCUUAAAAUGUAUAAAUAGUUUUACAUUUUUCACUUAGUUGUAAUAGAAAAUAGCCCAUCAUCAGCUUCCCUCAGUCAGUUUUCUAUAUUUGAUAUAAUGUGAUGGAUUACACAAUUUGAGCAAGUUUCAAAGGUCUGAUUUUCUUAAUGGACCCCAAUAACUUAAAAACGCUGCAUUUUCUAAAACACGUACACCUGAUUUACUGAAGCCUGGUGUUGCCAGACUAAAUAAAUAUGUAUUUGUCUGGAACAUUUAAGUUCAUUUUCGACUACCAAAGAAAACAAGGCCAGCCUGAUCACAAACUUUCUCAAAUUAUAACGAAACAGAACAAAAAAAUGUGUUUGUCAAAUCACUUGAGGCAGUACAGUAACACAGUCUUUGUUCAUAUCUGAUGCCUGGUUUGAUAGUAGCCUGGACAGACCUGCAGACUGGAUGCAACAGGAUAGAACUACAACCAGACAAACAUGGACCAGUGACGUCCCUCUGUCAGCCCUCGUAUCAAACCCGCCCCAUAUUAGACAAACAGUUGUGAUUGGGCUGUGACAAACCAGGACGGAGGGAAAGCUCUCUGAACGGGACGGGGCCAGACGUUUCUGCCAGGGCAAGUGAAAUAUGAGCUCGCAGACUCGUCUGGUUCCCAGGCUAGAUUUACACAGCGGUUAGCUGUGAUGCAAAGUAAACAGUGUGUUGCUAAUGGGCUAAAACUUGCAAACCACUGAUGUGGUCAGUGUCCUGUUUUAUCUCUUUUGUCUUUGCAUUGUGUAGCAGAUUAUGUUGUGUUUUGUGUUCUGCUAUCUGAAUGGCUGCUGAUGCGACUGGGCCACUGACGGACAGGUAUGAAUGUUUGCUAUGACAAGAAAAUUGCUGUACUAUAUUUUUGUAUUGAUGAUGAGCCUUGUCUUUAAAUCUGGUCUGGUUGGAAGACCAGUAGGGAGCGAUCAGUGCCACCAAUGAUGAACAAAGCCACUCAAUAGAUUCUUCGUUUUCAAGAGAAUCCACUGCCAUGUUGUAAAUAAAGAGAAGGGAUCGUGGGAUCCGCCUGGGUUUGCGGCGUGCUGAGCUGCACAUCUGAUUGAUACACGUGCAAACAGCUCACACCCCACGCCAUACUCAAAGACUGCUGUCACUUUGAUCAUGUGAUUCUACACCACUUAGUCUGUGCUUAACACUGUCUGUUCUGCGUGUUGGUGUAUGUAUGAUUUAGUUGUCCAUAAAGGAAUCCUGAAGGUACAUGUUCCUAUGUAACGUCAAAUCAACGUUGUCAGUGUAAUAAAGCUACACUAUCAGAUUCA